CACGCAUAUAUAUAUAUUCAUCGCGAAAUGAAAACAAUUACGUAAGCAUAUUCCCCGUAAUCCUGUUACCAAUAUUCGUAAAGGAACGGGUCUAACUAAUCAACCCUUUCAUCAAAACCUUUCAGGAAGAAUCAAGUUCAGAUUGAGAGCUAAUUCCGAAGAAGAUUCUCCUUCUCUUCUUCUCUGUUUUUUUGAAGAGAGAGAGAGAGAGAGAGAGAGAGAGAGAGAGAUGGAUUGCUCCAUAUGUACGACGCUGCCGUUUAUUCUGCGGCCGCCGAGGAAUACGAUAUGCCCGGCGUGUUACGAGGGAGCCAGAAGCUUGAUCGCCCUCACCAACAAGCUUGACAACAUCGAUAAGGGAGCGGACAAGUCAUCAACUAACUCUUCUUCCACCACAGUUUCUUCACCAAAAUCCUCCAAGGGAUUUGCAAAUGCGUUGAAAUGGGUAAAAGAAAUGAAGGACAUGGAGGAGGAGAUGAAUGACAAGUUAACUUUCCUGGGCAGCUCUGUUACUUCAUUUAGAGAUCAUAUCCACACUGAUAUUCAAGUCAAACCUGGCAACAACGGACCCCCUAUACCUGCCCAUAGAGCACUAUUGGCAUCAAGAUCCGAGAUCCUCAAGAACAUGCUAGACUCAGACGGAUGCAAGGCCCCUCCAAAUGACAACACCAUAACCCUCCCGGAGCUUGACCACGAAGAACUAGACGCCCUCCUUGAAUUCCUCUACACCGGAACCCUACCAAAAGAAAAGGCAGAAAAGCACGUUUACUCCCUCUCCGUCGCGGCUGACAAGUAUGACAUCCCGUUCCUCCACAAGUUCUGCGAGCACAGGAUGCUGGGAUCCCUGAACUCGUCAAACGCGCUCAAUGUUUUGGAGAUCUCGGACCUGUGCUCAAACCAGGGUUUGAAGGAGACCGCGUUGAACUUCAUUGUGAAGAACAUGGAGGACGUGAUUUUCUCGGCUAGGUUCGAUGCAUUUGCACUUAAAAACCCGCAUUUAACCGUGCAGAUAACUAGGGCUUCGUUUAUGGAUCUUAAGAGUAGAAGGAAUAUUGGGGUUUGAGAUUGGGUGAAUGGUUAAUUAGAAAGAUGUAUAUACAUUCUGCAAAUAAAAAAAUUGUUGUAACAUUAGCCAAAUAGAUAUUGAAAAGGGUUCAAGGACAAUAUAAAACCCAACGUUUUCAUU